AGCACUGGCGAUUGAUGCGUCAUUUUUUCGACAUUUUUAUUUUGAUUCGUAAACCGUUUCCAUUUCUGUGUUGACCGUAGAAGACCGUACGUCCAAGCUACAGUGCAGUUUCUGUAUAGCCUCGCGCAUUCAAUUUUCGUUCUUUGAUUUCGUCGGUCACGUAUUAUAUACCUAACGAAAAGUAGUGUAGACGGGUUUCGGUUUGUGCGUGGCUUUCGUCGACCGCUAGCGACGCGAAAACGUUAAUGCGCUACGUCAACAGUCUAGAGAUCUACACGGCAUAAUCCUGUUUACAGAAAUUUCUAUUGAAAAUGUUUCCUGCUAGUGCAAAACAGGUGUAUAGAAAAUGUUCUUACUCAGCUAAAGGCUCAAAUCAAUAAGCUCGUGGUUGUGUGACAGAAACGUAGUGAGUAAGUAGGUUAGCUUGGUCAGUUUGGCCACGGUCAUUUUUGAUGGGAAAGAAAAUUGCAACUCUUCGGAUAUCCGUUUGUUGGUGGAGAAUUUCAGUUCGGUGUCCGUGUACCUGCUCACUUCGUACGGGCGAGUGAUUAUUGUGUGUUUUCCAUUUGCUAAUGAAUGCAUGAAACAGCUAGAAAACGAGCUGCAAGCUAUCUGUAAUAAUAUCCGCGAUUGGCAAUUUUGUGUUGUUUUUUUUCUGCAAUUCGAGAAUAAGUGCCGAUAUAACAGAAAGCUUUGCUUGGACACAGCGGUCACCGAAAAGGCAAAAAAAAGUGAGAUCGAAUAUCAAGUGACCGCAGCGUAGCGCAGCAGAAAAGUGCAAGUAUGUGCACCUAUUAAAUGUCGAUGCUACGGAAAGUUUGGCCGCCUAUGAUACACCUAGAGAGUGGCCGCGAACGCGAUCGGAGAACUGCAUAGCGGAGCACAUUUGCAAAUAGUGACGUAGAUCCGGAUUUUGCGUCAAGUGCAAAGCCCGGAAGCCUUUGGCAUUUGCUGUUCGAGAUGCCGUUCAAACUGAAGCUGAAAAAGUCUCGGCACUACAAUGUUAUGUCCAAGAGUUUGUUCGUGAUAUCCGUUGACCAUCUAGAUUCCUCGACAAAAAUCGACUGCACAUUGAGCUCGGAGAGCACCGGCCAGGAGUGCCUUGAAAAUGUUUGUCAACGGAUAUCGAUCCAGCAGCCGGAAUUCUUCGGUUUGCGAUAUGAAGUCAAAGGUAGUGCCACGGGAGAAAUGCGUUGGGUCGAUCUGGAUCGACCGAUCAGCCGACAGCUGGAGAAGUUCUCCGCCAAUAUGAAGGUGCUCUAUCUGAGGGUUAUGUACUAUGUGCUGUCUGGGGUGAGUCUGAUCCACGACGAGGGAACCAGAAAUUAUUACUUUCUUCAGCUGAAGCAUGAUGUGGUUGAAGGAAGAAUCAACUGUGACCCGAAACAAGCAGUUAUACUGGCCAACUACAGUCGACAAGCCGAGUAUGGAAACCACCAGGACCGGCAUACGGUGGAGUACCUCAAGACGUUGCUGUCUUUUCCACGGGAAAUGAUUCAGGCCGAUUUGCUGGAAACGUUAACGGAAGAAGUGAUCCAUCAGGCGUACGAGUUGCACAAUGUGACUCAGGGAGCGGCAGAAAGUUUGUACAUUUCCGCUUGCCAACAACUAGAUGGAUACGGUCAGGAGACAUUUGCUGCAAAGGACGAUAAUAGUUCGGACGUCACGCUAGGAAUCUCGGUUUCCGGUAUCAUAGUAGCGAGUGAUGCGAACAAGUUCUAUCCUUGGCGUGAUAUUAAGAAUGUGCUAAAUCAUAAAAAGUAUUUUAAUAUAGAGUGCUCGGAUGCAAAUGAAAAUGUUAGGUUUACAGUUUCGGACUCUACGACGGGGUCGUAUAUCUGGCGGUUGUGCGCCUUGCAGCAUAGAUUUUUCGCUAAAUAUGAGAAAAAUCAAACACAGGCCAGCCAGUUGAAUUUGAACCUGUUUCAGAGUGAUAAUUUGAACGACAGUAGGGAUGACUUGCUGAAUGAAAGUCAGUACCAAAUAUCAGCAGCGAUGGGGCAUUUGAUGGGCUCGGCCAACUGGCAAAGUAAUAAUGAAUUGGCGGCGCAAUCCAGUGUGUGGAAUAAUGCCGGAUCUUCGAUGGGUAUGAUGGUAGAAUCGCAGCCCUCGCCAUUAGUAGCAUCGAGUCCUAAUGUCGGUAGUAUAGGUAAUUUGAACAAUAAUAGUCUUAUGAAUGCCAAUGCAAACGUGAUGCAAUCACGAUCAUCGCUACAGACCUCUGCACUAGAUAUCAAUCUGAAUUCGUCCUCUUCGGUGCCAUUAGAGUAUUCGAAUCAUGGCUCAAGCUGGGCUAUCAAUCCGGCUGGUUCCAACGCGUCACUAAUCAAUCGCGCACAAAGUUCAUCUUGUCUAGAUUUAAGCAACAAUAACAACACUCAAGACCGAGAACGUCUAAAAGCGCUUUUACCAACCUACAGACCGGCACCGGAUUACGAAACUGCCAUACAGCAAAAAUAUCGAAAUAGCACAAAUGAUGUCCGGUUGAGCAACGGCAAUCUUUUGCACUUAUCAGCAUCGCAAAUGCUGUCACAAGAUCCAGGCCACAUGGAGUUCAACAUUACCGGCAGCCAACCAGAUGUAUCCUAUUUCAAUCACCAACAGUCGAUUCAGCAUCAGGCGACUGUUCACCAGCAACCGUAUCCGGACGUGACCCAUCACACGACUCACAUGAUCGGUCCCCAUUACUCAGAUGCUUCGGAUUAUGGUCUCACACAGCGCUUCAAAAUGAUGAGAUUAGUUAAACCGCCUCCUCCAUAUCCCGCAAAUCGUCUCAGCUCAACGUCCACUCCCGAUCUGGCUUCGCAUCGAGCCCUGCUUGGUUUCCGCGGAGCCCACGUUUCCGGUUCUAGUCCUGAUCUAGUGUCAAGCCGUCCAUUGAUGAACCAUCAUCACGCUCAAUUCCUACAAAUGUCUCAUAAUAAUCAUAUGUUCUAUCCUGGUGAAACGCAUCAGUUAAGGCAUUCGCAGAACAUCGUACCGCAUGGAACCUACGAGAAUCUAAACUACGUCGAACCCAACAAGACUGGUAUGCUUCCAGCGACGCAAGGAGGAAAUCUAAUUUACUAUGUGCCCAGAGAUGUAGAGCAUCUUCUGAUAACGGAAGGAUCGCAGUAUCAUAAUGGCCAAAUGGGCAUCAAUCCGAAGGCCCACCUGAACCGUUCUUCACAGCAUAUUAACGGCUCGAUCGAACCCAUCUACGAGAAUGUUCCCCUACCGUGGAAAAACGAAAACGAAUCGAUCGGAGAAAUUCGCAAUCGUACCUCCAGUGUCCAGUCAGCCCCGAGCGUAAGUCGGCAAAGCCAGGAACCACCACAGCUGGCAGUCCCUCAGCAGCAAUCGCCAAAUUUUACCGUACCUCAGAUGGUGGAACAACAACACCAAACCAUUUCGUCGCAGACGCGCUACGCCCCUGCUGAGGUUAUUGUUUCGCAGCAUGAAACCGUGACGAUUCCACCAAACCAACCCGCACAACACGCGGCGAUAGCAGCAACCCCACCACUACCUCCACCGGCUGCCACCAUCCCGGAAACGAUGAACAGAUCUAAUCAUCCAGUGAACGUGCUCGAAACGUCUACUUUUUCCACUCACACCGUUGAUACGGCUAACAACACGGCAACGUACGGGGCACCCCUGAGCAGCCAAAACUCCCGCUACUCAUCGUCCCAAGGAAGUGCUCAUAACGAUUCCGGUAUCAGUUCCGUAACCGCUUCGUCACACGUAGGAAGUCAUAACCAAUCAACUUCAACCACCACUUCCACCUCUUCUUCAUCGGUGAAGGAAACCAAACGGCGAAAAAUUUGGGAUAUUCUGGGUGGUCGAUCGAGAAAUUCUUCAGAUAAACAGAAGUCUGCCACUUUGGGAAGGGAGAAAGAUCGGAAAAACAAAACCGCGGCCAACUCCGGCGGGUCGGGCAGUGGCAGCGCUAACAGUUCAAUUAACGAUGCCGGCCAGCUGAAGCACCGCUGGUCGACAGGAAUGCCACGACAGCAAGCCCUGCCGGCGAAUAUCAGUAAGGAAAAGCUGUGUUCGUUGUUGGAAACCAAACUAGCAGACCCGCAGCUUUACUGCGAAUUCGAGCGGAUACCGAAGCGGGUGGAAAACGCGAAAUAUGACUGUGCCCUGGCGGAUGAAAAUAAAAAUAAAAAUUUCGAUCCCAACUUUUUGCCGUACGACAACAACCGAGUUCGGUUGACUCCAACACGGGACAAUCGGAUGGGUUAUGUGAAUGCGUCGCACAUAACGAGCACUGUUGGCAACAAGCAGAGGUUCUACAUAGUGGCUGAAAGUCCCAACGAUGCUUAUACGACCAACGUCUUUUGGCAGUGUGUUUGGGAAGCGGACGUGUACCUUUUAGUUCAACUAUCCAACGAACUGAACUAUAUCCCGCCGACCAGCGAGCGGUGUUUAGAAUACGGACAGUAUCAAGUGUGGCGGGAAUUUUCUCAAGAAACGGAUCGCUGCACGACGUCCAAACUGCGAGUUUACCACACUCAGAGCCGUCGAUACCGAUCCGUGUGGCACAUUUCGUACAGUGAGUGGGGAGACCAAAACUGUCCCCGGGACGUCGGCCAUUUCUUAGGCUUCCUGGAAGAACUCAACUCUGUGCGGUUGGCAUCGAUAGCGGAAGUUCCACCGUCGCACAAUACCAAUCCACCGGUGCUGAUUCACUGCAACGAGGGCGGUGGCCGGACGGGAGUUACACUGGUAGCCGAUCUGUUAAUGUACACGUUGGAUCACAAUCAGGAUCUGGAUAUUCCUCGUUUGAUUGGCCAGAUCCGCCAGCAGAGGGACAACAUCAUACCAUCACUAGCGCAAUACAAAUUUAUUCACGCUCUGCUCAUACACUACUCGAAACAGACGCGGCUGAUCUAGUUUCGUUGCUUAUUUAUCUUAUUAUGUGGAGACCUUAGUGUAGAAACUACAUUUUCUCACAAUUUUUAAAAAGUAUUGACGAGUACAGAAAGUGUACAGUAUUUUUGCAGUAAUCUGCUUUUUAUUCGUUGUAAUAUUAUGGACGACCCGAUCUAGGCGAUGGGUAGAUAGUAUACAAAAUAUCAAACUGAUUUAGAAAAUUGUGUGUGCUGUAAGCGAAAAGUCAGGCGUGCCUUACGAAAGCAAUAUUUUACAGGAGUUUCAAAAAUUGUACAUAGAAGUUAGGUACAUAUUUAAUGCCAUUUUCAUUGAUAGUGUACUGUUUUCUACAUAUUUUACAUACGUGACGAAAUGUUGAGCUAGAGCAAGUAAGUGUUGAAUUUUGAACAAAACGAGUAUUUUAUUAUAUUUAAUUAUGUAUAAACUAACAAAUUUUACAUAGCGUUAUUGAUAGGCUCCCCAACAUGUGGUAGAAUAAUGUAAGAAGGCGGCUCAAUUUGUAUACUAGACUUACGUUUAAUAAAGCU